UUGAAAUCAGGAGCAGCGCAGUGUUAAUCUGACAUCAAAGGAGAUUUUUCUUUCGGAGUAGGGAAAAGAUCUUUUCUACGACAAAUUUCUGUAAAAUAUUCUUUAGUUUGCUGCGAACUUCUUCGAUAAAAUGCCGCGCGGUAAAUUUGUUAGUCAUAAAGGCCGAAAUCGUCACUUCACUAACCCCGAGGAAUUGGAGGAGCAACGACGCCAGGAGGAAAAAAAACUCCAGUGGAGAAAAAAUAAAGAUGAAGAUAGUUCCAGUGACGAAGAUGAUGAGCCUAAAGCACGAGGCGGCGGUGUUAGAUCAAAACAUCUGAGUGCUUCAGAAACAGAUAGCGAAAGUGAAUCGGAUUCGGAUUCAGAAUCUGAAAUGCAUGGAAAAGCAAAGGGCGUAGAAAACUUAAUCCAAGUCGAAAAUCCAAAUAGGGUACAAAAGAAAACAAAGAAGUUAUCACAAUUAAAUCAAUCUCUAGAUUCGGCAAAACCAGAAUUGUCACGAAGAGAACGAGAACAACUAGAAAAACAAAGAGCUUACGCGAAUUAUCAAAAACUACACGCGGCAGGUAAAACUGAUGAAGCUCGUGCAGAUCUAGCAAGAUUAGCUAUAAUAAAACAACAACGGGAAGAGGCAGCGAAGAAACGCGAAGCCGAAAAGAAGCAGAAAGAACUUGCCCAGCAGAAAAAAACGGAACUUACGCAGAAAGCACUCGGAAAAAAGUCCUAGAACAUUUAAGCAUGAGUCAAUUAUAAAUAUUUUAUGUCACAGAUACAAUUACAUUAACAUAACGAGCAGUUUAAACUCUACUUUCGUAUUGAUAUUAAUUGACUAAAUGAAUUCGCGCAUUUACAAUAUGCGUUUGAGGAAAAUAUCCUUGUUUGUAUAAAUAUAAUUAUUACCUUAAUUGAAAC